UACGUAAAAGACAAAAUGUCCUCACCGCCCGCACCAUCUACUUCCUCCUGUCGCCAAGAAAUCACAAAUGCUACACAGCUCUCAGAUAAGUCUGAAAAGCCAGGAGGCCCGGUCGAAACGUUAUCUGUUGCGAAGACCUCAGAAGAAGAUUCGGAGGGAAAUAAUAUCAAUGGAAAGAAAAAUGAUGGUAGCGAUGAGAUGGAGAAGAGCAGAGGGCUGAGCAGAAAGCGUUCCUUGGAGGAUGAUGCUGAGCCGUGUUCUGACGACGAAUGUAUAGGACCCAUACCUAGCGAACAGACAGAAUUUACUGAAGCCGAACAGAAGAACAAGAAGAAAAAAUGUAUCCUCGUAUUAUCGUGUCAAUUUAACAUUAUUUCACUUUUGUUUCAUUAA